AUGGUGAGCGCCUUUCCAGGUCUGAGCUACCAUGGCCCCGACCGAAGACUGAUCCUAACUGGGCUCCAAGGGACCGAGGUGGACUACUGGGAAGAAGUCGCCUUGGAAGACGGAACGGUGUGCUUCUACAACCACACCCGGCAGGAAUACUUCUCCUUGUUGCCUGCGAACGAUGCAACCAAUGGGUGCCCAGCAAGCGUCGACGAGGCUCAACCGACUGCAGUCGGGGAGUUCAGCCACGACAACAGCUUGGAGCCGCUGGAGGGCCAGGUAUGGGAUGGGGUCGACGGGGAGGUGUUUGUUCCGUGGCCGGACGAGGAAAUGAGGGCCUCACCUGACGCGGUCGUGGCACACAACAAGGCGCUGGAGACGACCGAAGGUGACGAUGAGGAGCCCUUCACGCCUGACGAUCCUGCGGUGGUACGGGAACAAAACCUGCGAGCGCUGCUAGUGUUGCUGCCGGCAAAACUCAUGAACGGCGUAAUCAAAGCGGCCAUGGAGGGAGCCAUGCUGCACACGAGACGGACGGCUACUGCCGACGCCGAGAAGAGGCGGCGAUUGCUUUUGUCGAGCAGGGCACAAUUCAGGCACACAGCAAAAAAAAACUGUCAGGGCGAUAUGAAGCACAAGGAUGGUGAUGGUUUCGACGACGAGACUGAGGAGGGUCCGACAGCGGAGGGCGAAACCGUCGAUAGCGCCGAGACGCCGGACUCGCGGAGGAACACCACAACACAAGAGAGAGAUACCAUCGUGGGACACAAACUUCAGGAGGUGCUAAGAGUUCUUUACUCUACCUCCACGGAAGAAGCCAGAGUUACGAUGAGGGCGAUCUACUUGUCAUCUCAGGGAAUCGGUGCAGCAGGGGCUCAACAGCUGGCACCCGCGCUGAAAGACUGCGUCAUCGUAGCCUUGCACCUCGGAAACAACGCCUUGGGAGACAAGGGCCUUUGUUCCCUAGCAGAUGGUCUGAGGCAUGCCCGAGGGCUGCAAAAGUUGCACCUCAACGACAACGAGAUAACAGACGUAGGAUGCCACCGGCUGGCCAACGCGUUGGGCCCCUUGAAGGUCCUCUCGACCCUCGACUUGUGCCACAAUCCAUUCGGCGACAAGGCUUGCCUCUCCCUGGCAAUCUACCUGUCCCAACAAGGGUGUCCACUCCGGUCUCUGUCCCUGGCUGGCUGCCUCGACGUCGACCCGGCUGCUUGGAAAACCAUUAACGUUCGUGGGAAGGAGGGGAUGCGGUGGGAUCCUCCCCGUCCGGGGGACGAUGGUGCUGUGUCCUUAGCUGCGGCGCUAAUAUCGCCCCACGGUUGCCCGCUCAGGAGGCUUCGCAUGGCCAACGCAGGGAUGAAAACAAUCGGGGCCAAGGCGAUCGCGACCGCUCUCUGCGCGAACCGCACCCUGGAAACUGUCGACGUGUCUGGGAAUGACUUCGGGAGUACGACGGAUGCAAGCGCUUGGGAGAGUGCAGCAGACUUGCUGUCGUUUGGACUUCAGGCGAGUGGCAGGGCUUGUUAUGGCGGUUGCCAACACGGAAAAACGCGUAGAUGGACAAGGAGCUCUGACUGUAGAUGCAGUUCAUCCCUGCAUUGUACAAGCCUCCAAGGGCUGAUCGUCAUUACGGACAACAGCAAGAGCACUACGUAUUCACCCUCCUGCCCGCCUUAG